AUGGUGAAAGAAGUACCCCCACCGAGAGAAGAAAAGCAGCAAGGAGAGCCCUCGGUGAAGCUUCACAAGGCCACUAAGCCUUACAGACCACCGAUCCCGUACCCAGGUCGGUUGAGGAAUGAGAAGCAAGAUCAACAAUUCACCGACUUCUACAACAUGUUGGCAAAGGUGAAUGUCAACUUGCCACUUCUGGACGUGAUCAGAAAUGUCCCAGCCUAUGUGAAGUUCUUCAAGGAGCUGGCGUCUAAGAAGAGGAAGUUUGUUGACAACGAGAAGGUUCUUGUGUCCGAGGUUGCCAAUUCCAUCAUGCAACAGCCCUUGCCACCCAAGCAACGAGAUCCAGGUAGUUUUGUUAUCAAUAUUGCUUUAGGGAAUGGUAAGGAGGCCUCGGGUAUGCUUGAUUUGGGGGCAAGAAUUAAUUUGAUGUCGUACUCUAUUUUUAAACAACUAGAGUUAGGUGAUUUAAAACCCACUCGAAUGUGCUUGCAAUUGGCAGAUAGAUCAGUUAGGUAUCCUCGUGGGGUCAUUGAGGAUAUCUUAGUUAGAGUGGGUGGUUUAAUCGUCCCUGUCGAUUUUGUUGUGCUUGAAAUAGGAGAAGUGCAUGAGAAUGGCAAGGAACAUACUUUACUGCUAGGAAGACCAUUCAUGGCCACCACUAACACGUUGAUUGAUGUGAAAAAUGGAACAAUAAAAAUGACCGUGUUAGGAGAGUCCGUGUCUUUUUCUGUGCAUCAUAGUCGCGCUUUGCCAUCAUCUUCAUUUACUAAUGAAUGCUCCUAUAUAGAUGUUAUUGAUGGCCUCGCCGAGAUGGUUUAUGUGUAG